UCAAAGCGAUUUUCUGUAGAACUAUCCCCACAUCUGGGUUUCUCCACGUCCUCUUAUUCAUGUGGCCAGAGGAAAAAAGUGAACCCUUAUGAAGAGGUGAACCAAGAAAAGUACUCUGAUUUAGUACAGUCUGUCUUGUCAUUCAGAGGCCCUGCUCAGACUCCAGAAUCGUUGUUCGAGGAAGAUUCUUUACUCUAUGGACCUGUGAGUAAGUGUAAACCCCCAAAGCAAGAUGAGGAAGCAAGAGUUCCAGGAAACUGGUUUCCUCUCUUCAAUCCAGAGAGAAGCUGCAAACCAAAUGCAACAAGUGCUGCGACAGUUCCUUUGAAAAUCCCUUUGCAAAGGAAUAAGAUACCAAGUGUGACCCGGGUCCUUCAGCAGACCAUGACAUCAGAACAGAUUUUCUAUUUGGAGAGGUGGAAGCAGCGGAUGAUUCUGGAACUGGGAGAGGAUGGCUUUGCAGAAUAUACU